UGCUUUCUGGUUGGCUUUACAACAUAAUCGAUAUAUAUUAAGAAUAUAUAUCGAGCCUUCAAUACAUUUCGUAGAUAUUGAAGAACAUUUUGAUUAAGUACACUGCUUCUUUUGCUUAGUUGUUAAAGUUAAAGAUUACAAUGAAUAAAACGCAAUCAUUCAUGUGUUAUUUGUAUUCUUUAUUUACAGGUUUUCGAUUUGGGCCUUAUGUUAAAAACAUCCGAUGACGUUCCCAAAAUUAACCCUGUUAUUCACCUGUUAACAAUCAAACGACAAUUGUCCGGAUGCCCUCUCAUUAGUGACAUCUCCUGACCCAAUGUAGAUCCUUGUUUGCCAACCAAAACCAAAUAAGGAUAUCCGGGGAUGUCGACUGGAAAAUAUGUCCGUAUGCACAAAAACAAAAGGCAUAAUGAACAGCCGACUUUGGUGGACGGUUGCGUCAUCAACAUGGCGCACCUGCACACUGAAUGAUAAGCAAGGCCCGGCGCAUCCUUAGCAUUUCAAAUAGGAGCUUGUGCUGAGUGAUGUUCGGAGGUAGCUGUUGGGAACCUGCACCCUCGGGAGAUGCAUGUGGACGGAGACGACACAUCGAUAGCUCCAGGCCAACGCUAUCCGAGCUGCCCUCUCGGCUGAGACCUGAUCACCAGUGAGGAGCGGCGCAUUUCUGUAGCCCGGGAAGAAACAUCUCUGUUCCCAGCCUCAGCCAGGUCUCCAAUAUGGAGCAGAGACGCUGUAUACUCUGAUACAUACUGCCUCAGAUCGAUACCAGCCUCUUUAGGAAUAUAACCCCACAGCCUUGUCUUGCUUGCCUCCUCAAGGAGACUGAAGAUUGUGAUUUGCAAAAUGGCCGGACGGCACAGACGGCGGAGUGAAACCAACGGGCCUGUAAAAGAGUCGCCCAACUUGCUACUGUACAGGAAGAUGGAGCGAAUUGUCAUGCACAUGCAAGAAGAGCAAGACGGGGUGCCUAUCAGAACAGUGAAGAGCUUUAUGACCAAAAUACCAAGUGUGUUUACAGGGUCUGACCUCGUGAACUGGAUAGUGAAGAAGCUGGAUGUUGAAGAUCAAGCUGAGGCCGUCCAUCUGGGGUCAUUAAUGUCUGCCCACGGAUACUUCUUCCCCAUCUCUGACCAUGUGCUCAUGCUGAAAGAUGAUGGAACAUUUUACAGAUUUCAGACUCCCUAUUUCUGGCCAUCGAAUUGUUGGGAACCAGAGAAUACUGACUAUGCUGUGUACCUAUGCAAAAGAACAAUGCAGAACAAGGCAAGGUUGGAACUGGCGGAUUAUGAAGCAGAAAAUCUUGCCAAGCUACAAAGGAUGUUUGCAAGGAAAUGGGAGUUCAUCUUCAUGCAAGCUGAGGCACAAGCAAAUGACCUUUCCAGAGUGGACAAGAAGAGAGACAAGGUGGAGAGAAAAAUUCUAGACAGCCAAGAAAGGGCCUUUUGGGAUGUCCAUAGACCAGUGCCUGGGUGUGUAAAUACAACAGAAAUGGACAUCAAGAAGUCGUGUAGAGUCAGCUGUGGGGACACACCAAAGAAGAGAAAGUCAACUACAAACGGAGGUCUGGACAUCACUGAAGAGCAAAUUGAACCAGAAGAGCUACAAAAACAGGUUACAGCACUUCAGAAGAAACUAGACAAGCAUCACAUCAAGAUGUCAAAGAUAGCAGAACUUCUGAUGUCCUACAGUGAGCAGUUUGGUGACUAUGAGCCCUUCCUGAGCCCCCCUGAGCCAUCCAACCCCUGGAUAACUGAUGACAGUUCCCUGUGGGAGCAGGACAAGAUGGGAGAGAACAGGGAGAUCCCUGGCAGGAGAGUCAGGAAAUGGGGCCUGUCAUUUGACGAGCUGUUAACGGACCUGGCGGGAAGAGAGCAGUUCCUCAAGUUUCUAGAGAAGGAGUUCAGUGCAGAAAACCUCAGGUUUUGGUUGGCUUGUGAUGAGCUGUAUUCUGUGCCCCUGAAGGAUGUAGAAUCAGCAGUACAAGAAAUUUACAGUGAGUUCCUGGCUCCAGGCUGCCCAAGCCCUAUCAAUGUGGACUCCAAGUGCCAGGCCAUUGCCAACAAGAACAUGGAGAAACCAAACAGAUACACUUUUGAUGCCUGUAUGGAGCACAUCUAUAAUCUGAUGAAGAGUGAUAGCUACCGACGCUUCAUACGAUCACAGCAGUAUAGGGACAUGCUUCAGACCAAAAAGAAGUCUGGUGCUGGAAGUGACAAACAGUGGUCUCUUGUUCCUGCGGCAUUGGGAGGCAGGAAUCUGGUCGCCAAACUCCCCAGUCUGCCCAACAGGAACAUGGAUGGGGAAGUUCUUGGAGAACUCAGCUCCAGUGGCAACCAGUGGUCACUGCGCAACAAGCAGCCAAGUACAAGUGCAGCCAGCUCCAGCUCUGAUGGCUUAUAAGUAGAGUAGUCCAAUUGCAGUCAGCAUUGAGCAAAAUAAUGUUAAUGGCCAUAUAUGAAACUGGUAAACACAUAGCCAGUGGUACUCAAUGUCCCCAGCAUUGUUCCCUUAACACUUCUCUACUGGUACUUGCACCAAAAGCAGUUCCUUAGUUUGACAUGCAAGUUGUGUUUUGCUUCAAGGCAGCAUAACACAAAAUUUUCAAUACUCUCUCUCAGCAAGAACUACAUGUAUUUCUCUGUUGUGAAUCAUUCUAAUGUAAGGAACUAUCUUGAAUUUUAUUUUGAAAAAAAAAAACAACUCUGUUUCAACUGUUCUGACAACAAACCUGCUGCUGACACCAACAAACAGAUUGUUGUGUGAUAUAGAACCACUAAACGACGGAAAACAGACCUUGAAUAUAAUUUACUGACACCAACAGUAUAUAGAGUAAGUGGUGUGAUGCUCUUUAGAGAUUAAAAUCAUCAUCUGCUGAAUAUGAUUGCCUUCUUGCCAAAAAUAAGCAAACAGUGGGAACAUGUUUAACUUUAAAAACUAUACACGAUGUACAUAUAUUAUUCUUUAACGUUGUAAGUGUUGCUGAACUGUUCACUCACAUCUCCUGAAGCCAGUGACCUACACUUCCACGAGUCUCGUCAACUACAGCCGGCAAAAUACUUGAGAGAAGGGACAGCUAGGAAUUGGAACUGAGAAUUGUACAACAGUUGAAAACAACUACAGCAUUGUAAACUUUCUCUACACAAUUAUUGUAAAGUAAAGAGAGAGAGACAGAAUGGCAACAUGUAAUGUAUAGACAAUAUAUUUAUCAAUGUACAGUGUAAUAUAGCUGUUAACAUAUAGGCAUGAAUGUUACAGUACAGCAGAUAAAGUGUGGCAAUGGAUAUGAAGGUGCAGUUAGCUAGGUUUGUAUGUUCUUUGUAUAUGUCAGUGUUGAGAGGUGUGAACUUUGUCGAGAGGUAUCAAUGAAUUUUUGAGCAUACAGAACAUUCCAAGUGAUGUUAUAUACAUGUGGGGCCAGGGAGGGGAUGUAAGAUGUCAACUGUAUGCCAUUUAUGGGUGUCACAUUGUGAAUAUAGUGUUUCUGCCACUACAGAUGCUCAUGUGCACAAGUUUGCUGACAUUGAUGAUACAAUCAUGUAUACCCUUGUACUCCUCACCAAUGGUAAACAUGGCAAAAAAAAGUUAUCCUAAAUGUCUAUCUCAAAAUCAAUGGAUUAAAAGUAAGCUAUAUGUUUCGUACAAAAAAUAACUGUUGGAAUGAUAACAUCAUUAUCAAUGGUGGGGACAAAACUUCACCAAAUACAUAUACAUCAUGGACAAAAUCUGAUCAAUCUCCGGAGAGAAAUCAAUCUCUUGGAGUUCUCAAAGAUGGCUGUAGGAUAAGUUUGCAAAGCUAGAUGCACUUCUGAUGCAGCAGAGAAACUUGACAAUCAUAAAUGAUAGACAUUAUGUACUUGUAAGUUGUAGUCAGCUCAGUGUCUGUUUUGUAACAUGGAUGACUUAUAAACUACACCAAAAUCAACCAGUUGAUUCUGCAGUGAUGUUGGAACAGUCUUUUCCCUUUUGGCUGAUAAAUUUCUCCUUAAAAUUAACAAUCAGACAGCAUGUACAAUUUUGUAAAUACUCACCUUGCAAUUCACUUAAAGCACCAGCACAUUAUGGUUGAUUAAGUGGAUAGUGAUUUUAGGGGAAGAUAGGUAGUUAUCAAUGAGUUACCUCAUCAAUGACCUGCAUGGUAAAUGUACCAGCAACAACACCUGGUGAAUUGUUCAUAGGCUAAUUAUAGAUGUCCAUUAACUGGAAAUAUUUGCAUUGAGGACUUCAUUUUACAUUUUGACAUGGAAACCGAAUGUAUUUCCAAAUCAGCAAGGAUGUAAUCAAUAGCCUUUUGCUAUGUUAUUGGAAAUGAGUUAUUUAUUUAAUAAAAAAAGUAUCUGAUUACAAUAGAUAUAACAUGAUAGGUAUAAGGAGGAAUGCUGAGAGUAGAAGCUGGAGUUGUCUUGCAGUUACAGACUUGAAACCUCAGAUAUAAUUACCUUCGCCAAGAAGGUUAUGUUUUCAGUAGCGUUUGUCCGUCUGUCUGUCUGUCUGUCUGUGAACAGCAUAA